UAUAAAGUAAACUUGUUCUCUUGCUCAUCUCAUUAACCUAAUUCUGAAUCUCAGUCUCUCCAUCUCUGCAUUCUCAAGUUUAACCAAGAUCUCACUGGUUAUUCGUUCCCAAGUUCUCCACAGAACCCUCACCCCCAAUAGUCUUCAAAUCCCUAUCAGUAACAAAAGACUCCCUGACCACAUCCUCAGCCCCCAAAACAUCAUAUUUCGAAUUCCCAGCAUCAUCCUCGCCAUCAUCAUCAUCCACUGAUACCUUGGCAGAAAGCUUGGAGUCGUCCAUGGAGGCUGUGACUGAGAGAAGAGAAAGAAAAGGGGUUUUGAGUUUUGUUUCGCUGCACUCUCAAGAGUGAAGAACCAGAAAUCACUCUAUUUGUCUCUCUCAGGUGUUCAGUUUAGCGCUGAUAGUUGCAUAACAAAGCCAUGGCAUCACUUCUUUGGGUUGAAGGGUUUGUGAGAAUACAAUUUUGGAAAUUUGGAGAUCUUUUUUCACAUUUGGUUGUGAUGAUGAUGAAAAGGAGUUGAUUUUUGGUGCCAAUGGAUUGGGUAGACUUCAAAACAUUGGUGUUCAGUUUAGCGCUGAUAGUUGCAUAACAAAGCCAUGGCAUCACUUCUCUGGGUUGCUGUGUCUGUGAGAAUACAAUUUUGGUCUUAAUAUCUCUCCAGCACUGCUCGCAUUCCUCAAUCGUUUCUCAGUUCAUGCAGUGAAUUUCACUCUCAAGAUUAAUGGCCAACAAGAGGUCAAGAAACAAAGCAUCGAUGUGUGCCAAUCCUUCUUCAGCACAAGGCCCAUUAUCAUCGGCACAACGAGAUCCACAUACUGGUGUAUCAGCAGCAUGUGCCAAGCCAGUAGCUCUGCAAGCUGAUCCUGGUCCUUUAUCAGCACAGAUAGCUGCUACUUCAACGGAACGUACAUGGGUAAGUCUUUUCAAACCUGUACUGCAAGCUGAUCCUGGUCCUUUAUCAGCACAACAAGGGUCAUCCUCAUCGGCACAGACAGCUGCUGCUUAUGUGGCAAGUCCAUCAGUGGCCAACACAACUGCUGCUCCAGCACCUGCACAACGAUUGUACGCUGAAUGUCUCUUAAAAGAGUUCUUGGAGAAUUGUUAUCAAUGGGAUGAGGAGCAGUUCAAGCGUGGGAGUCAAAACAUACUUAGAAGUCUCACAGGGAAAGUUGCUCAUUUGGGGUCUAAAGGCAUAACACAUGGGCCCUUGACUGGUGAAAAUAUCUUAGUUAUUGGCAAUGAGGCUGAGAAUCUGGAGGUUGAGAUUUUGGAUACCCCACAUAAAUACAACCCAGCCAUGCCAAGCUAUCGCGAACAAUUUCGAACAUUAGCAUCAAAAAUGAUUGAUGCUUGGGAAGCUACUUGUCCCCUGGCGUCAAAGCAUUUUCUCAAAAUGAUAGAAUAUUGCAUACCUUGGUUCUAUUUUAAGCAACUACAGUGGCAUCCCCUACUGUUAUCGUCUAACGAAGGAGCCAUGUUUAUAAUCCAUCUCUAUACACAUCUUGACAUUGAGAAAAAAGGUUGGAAAAAGGAUUACAAAAAGGUUAUAGCGAGAGAAAAGGUUGACUUUGGUAAAAUUGUUUCUGGAACUUUUCGCGGUGCCUUUGCUUUCUCUAAGGUUUACAGUUAUCCACGAGUUGUAUACGACCCAAAUGCGCUAGGAGCACUCAUGUUUUUCAGACAUGCACUCGUUCAUGUUAAUGAUUAUAUCUACGAGGCCCUCGAGAAGGAAAAUGCGAAACCAGAGAAAAUAGCAGCAGAUGCAGUUUUGACAAUAGAGGAAAUAGUGAAUACGCUCGCUCACUUCUUCCCAGAAGUGCCCCUAGAGUUAUUCAAUUACAUGCUUUAUAAGGGCAUUGACAUAAAUGCUGUAAUUUGAGAGGAUGCGAUACAUAGAGAGCUUCCAAUCUGGUAAACGUAUUAUUUUGUAUUCUCCGAAUUCAUACUCCAGAUCCAAUGUCACAAACACAUACAAUAGAGCUUCAACUUUUGGACCUGUAGACUCUGUUAAGAAAUCUAUCAGCUUAAGACUUUGUUUAGUUGAGUGGUUUACUGUAAUUUGCGUACGGCUCUUUCAUUUUCUAGUAAUUUCUAUCAUUUUCA